UGAAUAAGCACGAAGGCUAGACGCCGAAUAGGGAUAAAGAUGGGAAGAAGAAGACGAUGGCUCGGUAGGGUGAAAAGGGAACCGUUUUAAGGGCGCAUGCAGCUACUACUACUACUAGUACUGAUUACUACUGAACUGUCUACGGUAUCAGCUGUUUUCCGUUGAGGAAAUGAGAUUGUGAUCAUCAGCGCUGACAGAUCUAAUUGGCUUCUUCACUCCAAACCAUAAAAUGGCCAUUUUAGGAAGACUCUGUGCUCAGAGAGUGUGGCAAGUUAGGCCUUUGCAUCCAUCAAACAUCACUGAGUAUUUUAAAGGUUUUGUCUUUCAAAAGAGACAUUUCAGAAUUGUCACCUUACUGUCCCAAAGUGAAGGGAAGAAUGAGGACUACAUUAUGAGUCGGAGCAACAGCAUGAAAAAGACUAAAGAAACACCUUUGUUGAAGCAGUUGCAAUCUAGGAUUAAAUUCACAGGGCCAUUAACCAUAUGUGAUUACAUGAAGGAAGCUUUGAUAAAUCCUCUUGCUGGGUAUUAUGCAGCUGGCCCGGAUAUGUUUGGGAGUAGUGGUGAUUAUGUCACCUCUCCUGAAAUUUCGCAGAUGUUUGGCGAGAUGAUUGGUGUUUGGGUUUUCAAUGAAUGGUAUAAAUUAGGUUCACCAAGACCCCUACAGCUAGUGGAACUGGGACCAGGACGCGGAACUCUAAUGCAAGAUGUCUUGCGGGUGCUGAAGCAACUUGGUUUAUCAAGCACAGAUGUCAGCAUCCAUUUAGUGGAAGUUUCACCAGAACUUAGCCAGACACAGGAACAGAAAUUAUGUGGUACAAGUUCACCAUACAUUGAAAACCCAGAAGAUGGAGAUUAUUUCAGGAAAAACAUUACUACUGACGGGUCAUCGAUAUUUUGGUAUAGACAUCUCACGAGUGUUCCAAGGGGGUUCACCAUGUUUCUUGCCAAUGAGUUCUUUGAUGCUUUGCCUGUUCACAAAUUCCGAAAAACAGAUAAUGGAUGGCGGGAAGUUUUGAUAGAUAUAGAUGAAGGUGACGGGCCACAUCACCUGCGUUAUUUGCUGUCAAGGGAAGGGACUCCAGCUUCAAAAGUAUUUAUAAAGUCUGGUGAAACAAGAGAUGAUUUUGAAGUGAGCCCUGAAACUGCUGUAUUUUGUAGUGAGUUAGCAAUGCGAAUUGAAGCCGAUGGUGGAGCAGCCCUCAUUAUGGAUUAUGGUCACAAUGGGAAGUCGUGUAAUACUUUUAGGGCCUUCAAAAAUCACAGCCUACAUGACCCUCUUUGUGAACCAGGAACUGCAGAUCUUACUGCUGACGUAGAUUUUGGUUUUAUGAAAGAACAAGUGGAUGAAAGGUUAAUUACUUUUGGACCUGUAACUCAGUCAUUCUUUCUGAUUAAUAUGGGCAUGGAACAGCGAUUGCACAGAUUACUCAGAACCUGUAAAGAGGAGGAACGAAAAAACCUAAUUUCUGGUUACAAGAUGUUAACGGACCCAAAGCAAAUGGGGGAGAGAUUCAAAUUUUUUGCCAUGUUUCCUGGAGUUGUCAAAUCUUUUCUGAAUCUGAUUAGUGGAUCCUGGCAUCAUAAUAGUGCAUGCUGAAAAGGCAAUCUGUGAAAACGCCACCUGUAAGAAGCUUGAAACACCUCCCGACAUGCAAUAAUACCCCUGCCAAUAGUUCUUCCCAAAGGAAACAGCAAAGAAAGAUGUGGAACUCCUGCUUAAGAAAAUAGUGCCAAAUCAGUGUCAUUGAUGACCUAAGGAGCUAUGCAAACACUUCUCAAAAUGGCUUGGAAGAGGAGGUACUGGAUGCCUGACUGAAGAGUACAAGUUGUCUAAUCCAGACCAGAACUUGCCUCUGCAAAACAGAG